AUGUAACAUGCAUAGCCAUCUUGUACGACUAUGAGUUUACAUGUUGAAUCCAUCAAAUCCAAUAAAUACAUAAAUAUAAUGAGAGUUGGUAAUUUAUUUUAACAAUUAUUUGUUUAUAUAUUUUAUAAGAUAUUAAAAGAAUUAGGUUUCAACUAGUAUCAUGUAUCGAUCUUGCUCGAAGAUCAGAUUUGUGAUGUAUUCAAAUCUUAUUAAAUUAAAUUUUAUAUACAAUUAAUAUUUGUGUACAUUUCUCACACGCAAAUUGAUUGGUUUAUCAAAUUUUCAGAUGCCGACAUAUAUAGAGUAUGUGGGCAGCCUAGUGUUUUGUUUAAUAAUUUAAACCAGUUUAUGCAAAAACACACACACACACUCACAGGUCUGAUAAACCUUUGUUCAUUUCUUGGGCUUCUUUAUUCAGUAGAAUAAAGAAAUACCCAGAUUGUCUUUUUCCCUUUUUCUUCAUUUUUUUCUCUCCUUUUUUUGAUUUUUCUUGUCUUGUCUAUUUCAUGUCUGUUGAAAUAUGGGCCUUUUACCAUAUGUAUAUUUAUAGGAGUGAGAUAUAAGAAAAGGGUCAAUUUUUUUUGUUAUCUUUUAGCUCUAAUAUCAAUAAAGAUUGAAUUUUUUUUGAGAGUGUGAGAGGAAUUUGAGUUUAGAAUGGAAAACAAUUCAAGAAGCGCCAACAAAUUCAAGAAAAUCUGUGUGUUCUGUGGGAGUAAUCCAGGCCACAGGAAAGUCUUCAGUGAUGCUGCUAUUGACUUGGGAAAUGAACUGGUGAAAAGGAAAAUAAACUUGGUUUAUGGAGGUGGGAGUGUAGGGCUAAUGGGAUUAUUGUCACAGAGAGUUUAUGAUGGUGGUUGCCAUGUUCUUGGAGUUAUCCCAAAAGCUCUUGUUCCCAUUGAGAUAUCAGGAGAGACUGUUGGUGAUGUGAGGAUAGUUUCUGACAUGCACGAACGGAAGGCUGAUAUGGCUCGUGAGGCUGAAGCAUUUAUCGCCCUUCCUGGAGGAUAUGGAACGAUGGAGGAAUUGCUCGAGAUGAUAACUUGGGCGCAGCUUGGGAUCCAUAAAAAGCCGGUUGGCUUGCUCAACGUUGAUGGCUACUACGACCCUUUGCUCACGUUAUUCGACAAAGGUGUUGAAGAGGGCUUCAUAAAACCAGCUGCUAGGCACAUAGUUCUUUCAGCUCCCACUGCUGAAGAGCUGCUAACGAAAAUGGAGCAACGCGCCCCUUUUGAUGACCAUGUAGCGCCUCAUGAAAGCUGGCAGAUGGAGCAGCUAGGGAACUACCCAACGGAGAGAGAGACGUGACGGGGACUCCUUUUCGUGGUAGGCCUAUCUACUCGAUAGAAACCUGAUGUUGAUUAAUUCUGAUUGCAUUAUGUGUUUAGAGUUGUCCAAAUGGGGCCACCAUCCGUCUCAAUUAUUGCUUAUGUUUCUUGGCAUGGUUUUUACCGUUGUUAAGAGUGAUAAACGUCGAUUCAAACUUGGAUGCUUCGAAACAUGAGAGCCUUUCAUAGUAGGAGAGAUGAUUUCUGCUUAGUAGUCUAUGGUCCCAUUGAAAUGAAUAUGUUCUUGAUUAUACUGUAAAAAAAACAAACAGUAGAUCAUGUGCUUUGUUUUGUGCAGAGGCAAAUUCUUGCCUUCAUCUAAUUGUGAAUGUGUUUGAAUUAUCUAUAAAUAAAUAUCUCUUUAGGUUAAA